AUGUCGACAAAAUCAGUCGGUUUAUUAUUGAUUCAUCCUGCGAUAACGACGACGCCAGAAGUUGUAGAGAAGAUCAGGAAUGACAGUGAUAAUAUUAAUUUCGUUCAUCAAUUUUUAGUUAAUAAGGUGAAUGAUGGUACUAUCAAGCUGGACGAUUCGAAGUAUGACUUUAUUCACUAUCUGACGCCUGAGGCGCCAGACCAGAUAAAAUUUCCUAAGAAGUUGAUCUCAGUUUUAGGAAACGCAUUAAAGACUUCAGGAAAACUUUAUGGGUUGUCUGAUGUCUAUAAAUUAGAUGCGUUGAUCAAUGGCUUCGAAGUUUUCAAUAAUGACGGUGAAUACUACUGGCUCAAGAACGCUACAGAACCAGCGAAGGCCGUUUCAUUGAAGUCGAAGGAAAGAACCGGUCAGCCAGUUUCUUUACUUCCAAAAUUCAAGAGAAAGGAUAUCAAAAAAUCAAAAGUCCAUACGGCUAUUCCAAGCCUCGAUGAUUCAGAUAGUGAUGAAAUUGGUGAGAAAUUAAAGACCUUUUCUAUAAGUAGCUUAAUGGAGGAAACUAGCGAUGAUGAAUCAAUUGAUGAAGAUGAACUGCUAGAUGGUGAGGACAUCAAAAAUAUUACCAUGAUUACAUGUGGAAAGAGUAAGACGAAGAAGAAGAAAGCCUGUAAGGACUGUAGCUGUGGCAUAAAGGAGGAAGAAGAGGAGGAGAUCGAUGCCAUUAGGAGUAGACAGGCUCAAGUUAUCAAAUUUACUGAGGAUGAAUUAACCGAAAUUGAUUUCACCAUCGAGGGUAAGAAAGUCGGUGGUUGUGGUUCCUGUUCUUUGGGUGAUGCUUUCCGGUGUACUGGUUGUCCGUACUUAGGUCUACCUGCUUUCAAGCCAGGUGAGACUAUCAAUUUGAACAGCAUUUCUGAUGAUUUGUAG